GACAUCACACAGAUUGUGAAGGUCAUGGAUGCCUUCAACAAAAACAGAGAAAUUGUGUCUACCCUCCGGGAGGCUGGGCUUACAAGCCAAACUGCUAGCGGCAAGGCUCUCGUUUUCUGCAACACCAAAAGAAUGUGCGAGAGCCUUUCGAACGAGCUGUAUCGCCAAGGUCUUCCUUGCACAUCCAUUCAUGGUGACAAGGACCAGAGGCAGCGUGAAGAGGCUCUCAAUGGUCUGAAAAGUGGACGAUUCAAGGUUCUCAUUGCUACGGAUGUGGCUGCACGUGGAUUAGACAUCAAGGGUGUCGGCCUGGUCAUAAACUUUGAUCCAGCCAACAACACAGAGGAUUACGUCCACCGUAUUGGUCGCACUGGCCGUGCUGGGGCGAAGGGAUUCGCCAUCACCUUCAUGACAGGGCAAGACGCAGCCAAAGCCAGGGGAAUCAUUGAAGUCAUGGAGCGGACCAACCAGGAGAUCAGCGGAGACCUUCUGCGACUUGCAGGUGCCGCACCGCCGGGAGGUGGGAAAGGACGCACUAGAGGAGGUGCUCCACGAAGAGGCAAAGGGCGGAGCCCAAGCCCUUAGACGCUGAGACGCGGAGCCGCGAAAACUCGCUUGCUCCAUGGAAAAGCCUUCAGAAAA